GCUUUUUAAUUUGCUGUUCUUUGAUACUGAUUUCUGGUGUUAGGGAUGAAAGUGGGCACCCAAUGAUUAGAUCCAGGUUGCUAUUUUAGCUCAUUGGUAAUCCUGCACGAAUUACGUAAAUGUUCAUAUUUAUCAAAGUUAUGAUUGACGGAGUGGUCAUAUCUAGUUUGAGUUGCCGUAAUGACCAUGAACCACUAUAACCAGUGUGCAUGCCAGCCAUUAUGGUUAUCUUGGUAGAGCCUGACUUCGUAGUGCCAUUUCUGUUUUAUUGUAGUGGUGGCUUGCGGUUGAAACGUGACAUAACUGAAUACGGGGACUUUGUUCGAAGCUUCAAUGCCCCCUCCAUAGAUGAGAAGUUUGAGCUGUUGGGAAUCGUGGCGAAUGUCUUCAUUGUUGCUCCAGAAAGUUUAGCAUCGCUAUUCGAAGGAACCCCAAGCAUCCGGAAGGACGCCUUGAGGUUCAUUCAGCUCAGGGAUGAUUAUAAGACGGCAAAAAUUGCUUCAAUGCUUAACAAUAUCACAGCCGAAUGAUAUUGGUACUGGGAGUGCAUGAGGUUUGAGCGGCAUGCACUCUGUUGCUGUGGAUCUAGGCAGUGCUAGACUCUCAGAAUGUUGGUCGGUUUUCGCAAAUGGCUCCUGACAAUUGGUGCCGCAUGUAUAGCUGAGCUUCGUGAUUACUUUAGUUCUUUGGGUUUCCCAUUAUUUGUUACCUUUUACUUUUAUUUCGGGCUUGCUCAAUUUGAGCUGUACAUGUGGUUCAGGUUCCCAAGACAUUGUACCUGUAUAAAGCAUUAAUUAUGUAGAGAAAUUUAUUUGUGUUGCUACACAAUGUUUGUGGUAUUUGCAGCCAGCUACAGUCAAAUAAUCGUUAUGACGAUGGCCCGUUUAUGGUU